AUGCCCGAGAAAAACAUACGUGCUGCAAAGUUAAGAAUAUUUUUGUUUCAGUUUUGUUUCAUCGGCUUUCCGCUUUUUACUUCUAUUCAGGCACAGGAGUUAACACCAAAAAAUGACAACGCUCGUCAAAUGUUCGAUGGUGUCAACGUCGAAGAUAUAAUAAAUUAUACUAUUAGCUACAAUGAAUUAUGCAGUAAAAAAAAGCUGUACUUUAAAAAAGAUUUUACUUCUCCUGGUCGAAGAAUUAGUGAAGUCAAAUGCCUUGAAUAUAUCUGGGAUUCAAUGUUCAAGGAAUAUGAAGUUUUCCGAGAAGAAGAUUGCUAUUCUGCGGAAGUUACCGCGCUUUUCACGGGUGCAUUAGGCUGGAAGUCAGCUCAAAAUCACAGUGAAUGGAUAUUCAUGUGCGGGGCAUCCCUCAUUAGUGAAAGUUUCAUGCUGACAGCGGCCCAUUGCUCCUACGUGCCGCGAGGGGACGCCACCAUUGCCCACUCGACGCCCGAGAUUGUGAAACUAGGCGAUAUCUUUAUUAUUAAUGCAAGUCUUCUUUUUUUCAUAUUAAAACUAUCAAAAGUUUGUAAAGAAAAAUACGAAAUUGUAUCAAAAUAUAUACCUAUAAAAAGAAUUAUAAAACAUGGACAGUACAAGGCUCCAAGUCGGUACUACGAUAUUGCCCUCAUCGAGUUGGCAGAAGUUGUGGACAUUGGCGCAAUAAUCCGUCCAGCUUGUCUCUGGAGUAGCUCUGACACAAGUCCUAUAAAAAAACUGACUGUGACUGGGUGGGGAGUCGUUGAUCCAGCCACUCGAAAAACAUCAAAUGAACUCCAAGUAGCAGAAGUAAAUCUCGUAGACGAUAACACUUGCGACAAUGCUUUAAAAGACAAACGUAAUAGAAGGUGGAUGGGUCUCGCUGAACAUCAGAUAUGCGCUGGGUUACUACCCGGUGGAGUUGACACUUGUCAGGGCGAUUCCGGUGGUCCAUUGCAAGUGAAAAUAAAUCUCACACGAAAGUGGCCUAUGUACUACGUUGUCGGAGUGACGUCCUUCGGUUACGGCUGUGCACGCGCGAAUAUACCGAGUGUUUAUAUCAAGACUUCGAGCUUCAUCGACUGGAUUGAAAGCAUAGUUUGGCCAAAUGCUUAGUAAUACUUGUAUUAAUCAUAUUUUGUUGUAACAAUCCAAAUAUUCAUUAUUAUGAUAUUCCUAAUAUGUUGACGACAUUGACACCCAUCUUGAUGAAAGGUUAUUAGUCAACUCAUCAGCAGGCUAUUAUAUUUUGUAGCUUUAGAACAAAAAAAUGAAAUUAAAAAUAUUUUCAGUAUGA